AUGCAACUUUUUUGGAAAGAGACCAAGAGCAUCUCAACGGGGAAUAGUAAAAACAUCAGCAACGGUGACAUCGCGCGGUCUCUGGUGACUGCAGGUGUCGCGUUCUCUCCCGGUCCCUCCGGGGAGAUGUUCAAAGGCUUCACCGGCGACCCAGACAGCGGUUCCCGUGGAAGCUCCUCUCCAUCUAUAGAGUCCCAGUACCUUUCCUCCGUGGACUCCUUCGGAAGCCCGCCGACCACCAGUGCUCCGCAGGAGUGUGUGUCAGCGGGGGCCAGCUUGAGCAUUGUGGGCAGCGGGCCAGGGGCCAGUAUCGGACCAGAGAUGCCCGGUUCAUUCGUGCCCACCGUCACUGCCAUCACCUCCAGUCAGGACCUGCAGUGGAUGGUACAGCCGACCCUCGUCUCCUCCCAGGCCUCUGGGCAGAGUGGGUCCACUGGGACCACAACCAUGACCCAGCCUUUGUCGUUAGUUGACCCAUAUGACAUGCCGGGCCCUAGUUAUUCCUCGGGGCCUGCGUUCACCCCUCAAAGCUUGGACAGUCAGGGCCCUGCUCCAGGCCCAAUCCGCCCGUCCAGAACCCGCAGCCGCCGUACACGAGACGAGUCUGUGAGUGACGAUGGAGAUGUUGGUGUGUUACUAACACCUGAGGAGGAGGAGAAGAGGCGUGUUCGGAGAGAGAGAAACAAGUUGGCCGCCGCCAAAUGUAGGAACCGCCGAAGAGAACUCACAGACAGACUGCAGUCGGAAACGGACAUACUGGAGGAGGAGAAGGCAGAGCUGGAGGCUGAGAUCUCUGAGUUGCAGAAGGAGAAGGAGCGCCUGGAGUUUGUCCUUGUGGCCCACCAGCCCAACUGUAAGGUCCCGUACCAGGACCAAGCUCAGCACAGCUCGGCGCAGCUCCCUCCCCAGACCUUACAACAACCCGUCUCCAUCGUGGGCUUGGCUGUGACAGAAGACUCUUUCUAUCUGCCUCCUGCCUACUCAGCCCAUCCGUCCUCCUCACAGUCCCAGCCUCCGGUUCAGCAGCAAGUUCAGCAGCAGCCUCAGCCAGGGCUAAUGCAGGAGGUAGAGUUUUCUAGUUCUUUCUAUGGCUCAAGUGAGCCGGCACCAGACGGGCCGUGCCACAUGGCCAGCGACAUUGGUGGUGGUGGGGUUAACCAUGACGGUGCGGCCAUUGGCAGCUACAACGCCUCAUACACAUCUUCAUUUGUGUUCACCUACCCAGAGGGAGCCUGCGGGGUCAGUGCCAACCAGAGGAACAGCAGUAGCGAGCAGUCAUCUGAUUCCCUGAACUCGCCCUCGCUGCUGGCGCUCUGA